AUGAAGGUCAGCACACAGUCCCUACUAUUCGCUGUAUAUUUUUCCGUUUCGGUUGGCAUCCUUUGUCUGUUGUUCUCGCCAACCGGCUGGAGCGAAGGGAGGGACUCGCCCUCAAUUGAGAGCCAUCGUGGUGUCGUGACUGACGUGCUUGACGGGAAUGACUCGUGUCACCAUCGCUACGCGGCGCAACCGGGUGUACCAUUUCCCUGCACGCCACGCGUGACGCGGCACAAUCACCUCCGUGACUUCUUCCGCUGGACGGAUGCGGAGGAGCUUCGGAAAGCGAAGCUGCUUGCCCCAGUGCGCGACUUCUGCACGGGGCGGGGUGUGGAUCCGUUUCCCACCGUCGCGCAGCGGAAGGACAGCGUGCGCGGCACCGAGAGCCUUGCGUUUCUGGGCUGUGGGUCCGUGUUGCCGGGCGGCGGCGGCAGGGGCAAGAAUGCCUUGCCUGCGUGGGACUACGCGAACGGGCUCAUCGUGCCAGAGAAAUUGUUCGCGGCCAAGGGUGGGAACGUUCUCAUGUCGACGCAGCUGCUGACCGCUGAGGAGGAGCGGGCUGCUGGCGUUGGGUGGAGUGGGCAGUGGCACCGCUGCUGGAUCAUCCCCAUGACGCGGGCAGUGGCGCCUGGCGGUGGUCGCGUGUAUGAGCCGACAUGUCAGGCGGGGGACCUGGUAGACGUGGGCAUGGAGUCCGCCACCGCUAAAGUGGCCGUGGAGCGGGUGAUCGAUACGGACGAUGGGGUCUUGGAGGUGCAGUUCUACAUCCGCAAGCGGGGGGCGUACUCGUUCUGCGCGGAUCUGCUCGUGCGUCACCAAGACAUGCUGGAUUCCCUUGCGGCAAGCGGCGCGGCAGGUGAAAGUAGCGUGCGGCUGCUUGGGAGGAUCUCGCCCUCUGCGCUGGUGGAGCAUCACGGCACGCUGGGGCAUGGGGCGGCGGGGCCUGAGAUAGCGCCGCCGCUCAACAGGACACCAGCGUACCCCAAGAACACGGUGUGUGUGGUCCGCGGUGACCUCUCAAAGGCCGGCGAUGCGUCGGGGAAGGCGUUCGUGCGGUUCGACCACGGUGUCGACGUGGUGCCUCUGCCGGUGCGGUGCGACGCCGUUGACGACUUUGACCGGUUCCGCUUUGGUGGCUGGUACCGUGUGGGGCAUGGAUGCGACGGCGUCCACUGCGUGGCUCUUGGGGUGGCGCCCGGGGCACCGCACCCGCUGUUAAAGGAGACGGAGGGAUGGGUGUGGGCGUCGGACGUCUGUCAGAUGCGCCUUUUCACCGACAAGGAGCUUCUUCUCUCGCUGCUGCAGGGCGAGUGGCUCCUCGCAUGGGGUCCGUCGACGACGCAAGAGCCGCUGGCAGACAUGCUGGAGGAGCGCCUCCACACGACCAUCUUUUCGGAGUUUAUGAGGGAUAUAUGGAAGGUGCCAAAGGAAAAGUUACCAAAGAUCUCCAAAUACCGCAUGUGGGACCGGUGCGUGUCGCCUGAUUCACCGUGGAGCAAGAGACUCUUUAGAAAAGCGAGAGAGACACCGCCAUCCACGCGCGUGACACUGCUGUGGGGUGGAUGCAUGAAAUUGACAUCGCACAAAUGCUUAGGCAAGUGCGGGUUGUUUCUGUUUCAGGAGAGGCUGAAUCACACCAUUGGUGCUGCAGCGUAUCUCCGGCAGAGGGCACCGCCGCCAUGUGGUAGCAAGGCCUUCCCGACGGCGCUGCUGCUUGAUCAUGUGGUGUGGCGUUGUCAUGCGUCCCAGACUGAUCCCGCGUUCCUUCUCGCCAUGAGGAACCUCCUGCUGAGCCAGCUAACCAACUUGUACGAGGAGGUAGUGAAUGCGUCAUCCGCACACGACCCGGCCGUUGCCCAGUGGCCGCUAACAAUAUGGCACACUGCCCCUGCUGGAAAUAAUGCAGACAAAGGCCGAAGAGAUGGCAAUUACGAUCGGGCACGGGUGAUGCACCUGCAGUGGGCGAUGGAAGACGACCUUGCGGCGGUGUACAGGCUUCCGGAAGGCAACAAGCGCGUCGUGCAGGGUGCUGUUGUGGUGCAGGGCGGGGCGCGUGUGACAUACAUCGCGGACAACAACCAAUACCCGCCGCUGACGGCGAAGCGAGUGCGCCAACGCCGUGCUGGGUACAACGUGACGCGCGGCUUGGCGGUGGUGCCCCCAGUCGUGGUGGUAUCCCGCCACCAAAUCACUCUUCCACUGCACUUUGGGAAUGAGUUCUGCCGUAAUGGUAUGCACUACGGUUCCACGCCCGGUCAGUGUUUGACUGCAACAAAAGAGAAGAAUGCCGAAUACCACGAUUGCGUGCGUAAGACAUGGGCCGAUAAGGCUCUGCAGGUCGUGUGGUGGAAUGCUGUGUCGAGGGAUAAGCAACGGCGGUUGUUAAUAAAACAAGAUAUAUCCAUGUGA